ACAGGUAUUCCUGUGAAACUCACAGUAGAAAGCACUUCUUCAUCUGAAACUGAAGACACAGAAGAUUUAGAUGAUGUUAUCCAUCAUCCUGAUUUGCGAAAAUCAUUAGAUAAGAUUAACAUCACAAAGUAUCAACAGUUACAGUUGGAGCUUGAAGAAUGCGUGGAAAAAUUAAAGGAAGAACAAAGAGCUAGAGUAAAGGCUGAGGAACGGAUAAAGGAGCUGGAAACUGAAAAUGCAAGAUUAAGAAAUCUAAAUAUCUCCCUAUCUGAGGUUCUUCAUGCACAGUCAGUAACCAACAUGAUUUUGGAAGAUGAAGGUGUUCUAGGCAGCAUUGAGAACUCUUUUCAAAAGUUUCAUGCUUUUUUAGACCUCCUUAAAGAUGCCGGGCUUGGACAACUUGCUGUAUUAGCUGGGAUAGACCAGUCAGAUUUUGGUCUUUUGGGGCAUCCACAAAUGAACUCUACUCUCAGUAAGCCUGCUAACCUACUAAAGGAGAAGUCUUUUGAAGAAGAAAGACAAGAACAUACCCAGAAUAGCAAAAACAGAGCUGGGGACAUCCAAGUUUCUCUUCCUGGCACAUUUCAAUCCCAGAUGGUUGUGAAUAAUGCCUUUUCUGCUCUUAGAGAAAUACAAGAACCUCAGACUGCUGGGCAACAGUACCAGCCAGGCUCAUUGAAGGAAAAUGAAGCUCAAACAAUUAACCAAAAUAAAGAGGAUAAGCCUCGAAAUAGUACUCCAACAUUCUCUGAGAGGAGAGUCAAACAAAAUGAACAUGCAAAAGAACAUCAUUCAGCAAGGCAGUUGGUUACCAGUCUGCAUUCAUUUUCUGAUUCCAGUGUACAUACUAAAAAUAAUGGUAGCAGAAUAUCCAGUGGUGCUUCUGGUGAAAAAAGCAAAAAUUGUUCCUCAAAGAAAUACAUCCCUGGAGCAAAUGAAAUGGCAAUUCCAAAUGAUGGAGCAAGAGGAGACCAAAGUAGACUGCAGACAGUAAGCCGCUCUGGAACUGAUACUGUAGCAUCUGGCUCUGAAAGACAAGAAAGUAUCCAGAGUGUUACCAGCAUUUGA